AUGCCCUUCCCGGGCCGGGGGCGAGGCGGCGAGGCUUCCCAGCUCGGCGCGGCGAGCCGGCGCCCUUUUAUUCGCGUCGCCGAGAGGCUUCCCCGAGUCCACGCCUCGGCCCACCCCCACCCUGCCCUGCCCCACCCCGGGGAGACGGGGCGCGGGCCCGAGCCCAGGGACCCUGGCCGCGCGCGCUGCGCUCAGCCCUCCUCGCGCCUCUUCAUCGCGCCUCGCCCGCUGCGGCUGCGGGCGCGGCCGGGGCCCAGCGCGCAGCGGCUCUGGGACCGAGUCCCGCCGGUCCCGGAGCCAGGCCGGGGACUAGGGGCCGGGGGCGCGCCGGGGCGCCGAGCGGGGCUGCCAAACGGCCGCCUUUCCUUCCGGGGAAGGGACAAGGCGCGCGCUUUGCACCCCUCCGCGCGGUCCGGAGUUUGCUCUGGCGGCUUCCCCCGAACCCGUGUGCGGGCGGGAGCCCCCUCCGGCAGGCCCGGCUGCAACGUGAGACCCGCAGCCACGCCCUCCCGCCUCUCCGGUGGCUCCUCUCCCGGCCGCCAGACUCGGCCUGCCCGGAAGGUGGGAGCGCGCUCCUCCCGCCCCCACGAGCGGCCUGCGGGGGGCAGGGCGGGGGCGGGGAGCCGCGGUGACCCUCGGUGCCGGCUGCGGGAAGCUGGGGGCCACCUGGGGAGGGGGCGCGACAGCACGGCUGGAGAGCGCCGUGCGUCCAGGAGCCAGAUGGGGACGCAGGGGAAGGGCACCCAGCUUCCAGAAGGAAUGAGGGCCUGAGAAAGCUAGGAAGGGAUCAGGUGAGGACAUUCCGCGCAGAGACACCCCCUCCCCCCCCCCAGCCCCCGGAAGAAAGGACAGGGCUUCUGUGAAGAGAGAAAAAAAACUAGGUGUCCAAAGGCCAAGAUUCAGGAGAAGAACAUUCCAGAGGUCCUGGUAGAGCCUUUGCAAGGCCGGCCAUGAGACGAGGAGUCGUAGGACGCAGCCGCAAAGGAGCCCGGCGUUCCGUUGCUUCUGAUGCCUGGAGUCCGGGCUGCCUCGGUUUCUCCCAAGAAACACACGUGGGUUCCUCCGCGUCCCUUGUCCACGGUGUUAUCCACAAGUGAUGGGUGAACUGAAUGAAUGAGCGAACGAGGUUCAAAUCUGCCAAGGAACGUGUAGAUCGAAAAGGUCAGUCUGCAACUCACACAACAAAUCCUUGCAUAUGGCAUUACGGUUCUCAAUGAGUGUGCCACGAAAGAAAGAAAUCAGUGCUUUGAUGUGUUCACUCCUUUUGUUUGGACACUCACUUGGGCUGCAUUGGUUUGCUUCGUCGGGCGUUGAGUCCUUGGGUUGGAACCGUGUUUUAGGCAUUGUGUAAUCACCACCAGUGCCCACAGAGUUCCUUGAAUCCACCAGAGGUAGAAACGCGUGUCGGUUGAGUUACAGUCACGUGUGUGAUCGCUGUUCUACCACGUGGAGGGUGGGGAGGAAAGAGAACGCUGGCUCCUUCGAAUGCGCUUGGGGCAAAGGAGGGAUAUUGACGUCCAUAUUGCCAGGGGUCCAUGGGAUUUGUGCUACUGACCAAACAACAUAUGUCUGGAUGGAUGCAUGGUGUACCUAGUGAUUUUGCCAGCUAGUGUUUUCCUUGUCCCCAUUUCAACCAGAAUUUUGACAAUAGCUAUGCUGUGGACUGGGUGGUGUCCCCUCGAAUGCCCUACGCAGAGGCCAGUCCCCUCCAUGGGGUUUGUAUCAGGAGGUGAGGCCUCUGGGAGGUGAUGAGGUUUCCAUGAGGUCCCGACGAGGAAGGGACUCAUGCCCUUGUGAGUAGAGAUCAGACGUCGCGAUGUCUCUGGCGAGCACGGGAGGUCUCGGCAAGAAGGUAGCCAUCUGUGAGCCACAGAGAGGCCUCGUUCUGGAAGCCAGAGCCACAGGCAUCGUGAUCUUUGAUCUAGUGGCUUUGCUGGCUCAGUCCCCAGCCUCCAACUCCUGCCCUUGACCUAACUGUUCUUCUAAGCACACGGGGAUAAGACAAGCUCAUGGCUCAGAGGCUCCCUACAGUCCUCUGCUGUGGGGGACCCACCAUCAGUGUGUGUCAUCUGAAUUAUUGUGAGAACCUUAGGACCCGUCUUGUUAGAAGGGUACAGACGGUCCCAGCGGUCGGUAACUGAGUCACACAGCGGGGCUGAAGCCACUCCCUCCUCCUGGUUUCCUGGCUGGGUGGCCUGGAAUAUGCUAUUCGACCUUCCUAACAUCAGCUUUUCCACAUGUGAAAUAAGGACACAAGUGAUGCCCCCUUGUCGGUGCUGUGCGAGGCAGUAGGGUAUCUGUCCUUAAUGCGGAUGAUCCGGUGAACCGACCGUCAUUUAUUUUUAGUGCGUUCUUGUGUCUUUUGUGUCCCUUCCCCCAGCCCUUCCCCCUAAUCAAGGCAGGAUCCCUGCAGGGACGGACGGGCUGUGGCUUUUGAAUGGGAAAGUUUACUAUUCCAAGCGGGGCCCUCCAUGAGCAAAGAGUGACGUGGCUCUUUGCUUGACAGGGAUUUUAAACCUCACUUCUGAGUCACGUGACUGCCCUGGCCGGCUGCUGUCAGGCUCCAUCACCCCGGGAAGGACUGACCCUGAACCCUGUCCCAUGACCAGGAGACAGAGAAAAGAGCCUACACAGGAAACUUCUCCUCGCGUAGCUGGGAGCGAGGAGGCUUGUUUCCUUUGUUUGUUCACACACCGCGCACUCGGAACUCUCCUGCUCCAUUGCCUGUACGAAAACGCUUCCAGAUUUUCUCGGCAGCAUAAUUUAAAGGGGAAAAGACAUCAGAGGCUCAGGGCAGAUCUCCCGAGCACAGUCGAGUUAGUGUCUCUGCCCACAAGGCUGGGGAAAACUCUGCUCAGCCAGUAGGGCAGCGACGUGCAGAAAGUGCAUCGUGUGCAGCUGGGAAGUCAGUCAGGCCCGUGGUGGGGACUCCGCUCCCCAUGACUCGUGUCUAGAAGGGAUUCUGGGCAACAGGAAGGGUGUUGACCCCUGGCCGCCUGUUAGGUGAGCAGAAGCCCCUUGAACAAGGAAGGUCAUGGGCACAUGGUCCUUCACGCUGGGUCCCCAAAUGCUGCCGGGUGCAAAACCACCGCAGGGGGAUGAGGUCAGGGAAUUAUCAGUCUGUCCUCCGUCCCCACCACGCAGGCCAGCGACAGGCAGACGUGGGGGCAGGCGAGGGGGCGUCCGCACAUUCCAGAGCAUGGCCUCCAAGGCCUCCACGCUGGAUGGCACUUUGGUAAACACCAAGCCCUUUGUCCCUUUGCAAAAUAAAAACCACACAAGGUCUCGACCUCAACGUGAAAAUAUUCACUGGAGAAAGGGGUCCUACAAACGGUGAAUAUGCAAAGUUCUACAAAGUGUUGUAAAGACUUUUUAAAAAAAGGUAUUUUUUUUUUUUUUGGACG